AUGAAUCUGACCGUCAUCCCCGACAGGAUCGUUCCGAAGGGCGACACCAAGGCCACGGCAGCGGGAGGCAGCGGCUCUGAGAAGAAGGGCGGUACCAAGGGGCCCAAAGGGUCGACCAAGGCAACCAGGACUGAAGAGGACCCCAAUGGCGUGCCCGAUGCUCCGAUCAAGCAAUGA